AUGGGUAUCUACACCAAGCUUGCGGACGGCAUCGACGAGGUCGAUGUUAUUAUUGCUGGAGGCGGGACAGCCGGAUGCAUCAUAGCCGGACGCCUUGCAGAGAACGACCCCUCCCUUUCCAUUCUUGUGAUUGAGGGCGGGGCAAACAACAAAGAUGUUGCGAGCAUUGUCAAUCCAGUCUUUUACCUACAAAACCUUCUACCCGCCACGAAAACGGCCUUGUUCUACAAGGGCAACAAGGCCAAGCAACUCGCUGAUCGCGAGCCUAUCGUACCAUGCGGCGGUACACUUGGUGGAGGUAGCUCUAUCAAUUUCAUGAUGUACACGCGUGCCCAACGCUCGGAUUUUGACUCGUGGAACACUCCUGGCUGGUCAGCCGAAGAGAUGUGGCCAUUCCUGAAGAAAUUGGAGACGUACCAUGGACCAGGAAAGAAAGAACACCACGGCUACGACGGGCCUAUACAUGUCAGUAAUGGCAGUUACCGUGCACAUGAAUCAGAGGAUGAUUUCAUUCGUGCAGCCGCACAAGUCGGCAUCCCCGAGAUCGAAGAUUUACAAAACCUCGAAACCAAUAACGGUGUUCAGCGGUGGCAACGCUAUAUUUCACCAGACGGCAAACGUCAAGAUACUGCGCACAGGUAUAUACAUCCCAAGAUCGAUCAGCCGCAGUACUCCAAUCUCCACGUGCUUGUCGAAUCAAAGGUUGUACGCGUACUCUUCGACGGCAAUAAGCGCGCAACUGGCGUAGAAUACACACCAAACCCUGAAUUUCAGUCCACAAUUGGUUUGACUGCGCACCCAGUCAAGACUGUUCGCGCCCGAAAACUCGUCGUCGUUACAUGCGGUGCCUGCGGCACGCCACCAGUACUGGAACGCUCUGGUGUUGGCUCCAAGGAAAUUCUCCAAAGAGCCGGUGUACCCAUUGUCGAGGAACUACCAGGUGUAGGAAAAGACUAUCAAGACCACCAUCUCGUCCUCUACCCCUACAAGUCCUCUCUGGAACCACACCAUACCAUGGAUGGUAUCUUGAGCGGACGUGUAGACGUGGCUGCAAUGAUGGAGAAGAAGGAUCCAAUGCUGGGCUGGAAUGCCAUCGACAUAUCAUCCAAGAUAAGGCCCACCGAAGCAGAAGUCAGCGCUCUCGGCCCAGAGUUCCGCGAAGCAUGGGACCGCGACUUCAAAAACAAUCCCAACGUACCACUGAUGCUGUGCGGUAUGAUAAGCGGUUUUCUCGGCGACCCAACCAGCGUCCCAGCAGGACAGUACCUUACCAUUGGAAACUACACAGCAUACCCCUAUUCGCGGGGCCACAUGCACAUUACCGGCCCAAAGCACGACGACCCGCUCGACUUUGACGUAGGCUUCUUCAACGACAAGAACGACAUUGAUCUCAAGAAACAACUCUGGGCCUACAAGAAACAACGCGAAAUCCUGCGUCGCAUGAAAUAUUUCCGCGGCGAACUCGCAGAAGGACACCCUAGGUUCCCCGCCAACUCUGCCGCCGCAGUCCAAGAAUCCAUUACAGCGCCGCUACAGAACGUGCAGGAUCUGGUGUAUACAAAAGAAGACGACGCCGCAAUCGAGCAGUGGCUGCGAGAAAAUGUAAAUACAACGUGGCAUUCCCUCGGCACGUGCAAGAUGGCGCCGAGGGAGGAGGACGGUGUUGUGGACAAGAAUUUGAAUGUGUAUGGUGUGAAGGGGCUCAAGAUUGCGGAUCUGAGUAUUCCACCCAAGAAUGUAGGUGCGAAUACGAAUAAUACGGCCCUUGUGAUUGGAGAAAAGGCAGCGGAUAUCAUUAUCAACGAGUUGAAUGGGAUGAAAGGAAAGCUAUAA